UUUUUAAUAUUCUUGCCUGCCAUUUGCACUCCCUUCCCUAAAUGCUCCUCUCUCCCUUCCCCCACGAAUGCCCUACAAAACCCCUCCUUUCCUCACUGUGCAACAGCUGUGAGUUGCUUGCCUCCUCUCCUCCUCUGUGGCCCUCCUGAAUACUGCUGCCACUGGGCUCAUUUUUGAGUUUUUACGUGGAAAGGAGUCAUCUUUGAGGAGGAGAGGAGAGGAAUAGGAACAAGGGCUCCCUUAUCACUACAAAUAUAGCAUCUUUCUUGAAUCUAUGGCUUCAGACUAUGAAUGCGCAGCAUCUAUCCUCCUCUGCGCCGAGGACAACAGUAGCAUCCUGGGUUUUGACGACGAUGAUGAGGAACGGGGUGGGGUUGGGUGUGGUUGGUUUUCAGAAGUAAAAAGUUGCGAUUUUUAUGGGGAUUUCCUCGUGGACUUCCCUGUUCAAUCGGAUGAGUGCGUGGGCUUGCUCGUUGAGAGAGAAGCUGAGCAUAUGCCGAGGGAGGACUACCCCGAGAGGCUGCGGUCCGGGGCAUUAGAUUUGGCUAUCAGGAGAGAUGCCAUUGAUUGGAUUUGCAAGGUUCAUGCCCAUUACAACUUUGGGCCACUUAGUGCAUAUUUAGCUGUUAAUUACUUGGAUCGAUUCCUCUCUGCCAAUGAGCUGCCAAAGGACAAGGCUUGGAUGAUACAACUAUUAUCUGUGGCAUGCUUGUCUUUGGCUGCCAAGAUGGAGGAAACUGAAAUCCCUCUAUCUCAGGACUUGCAAGUAGGGGAUGCAAAAUAUGUAUUUGAAUCCAGGACUAUCCAGAGAAUGGAGCUGCUGAUGCUUAGUACCCUCAAAUGGAAGAUGCAAGCAAUUACACCUUUCUCUUACAUCGAUUUCUUUCUCCAUAAGUUCAAUGGUGGUAGUGCCCCAAGCAAACUUUUGGUGUCUCAUUCUGUGCAAUUAACAAUAAACACGAUUAGAGGGAUUGAUUUCUUGGAAUUCAGACCUUCUGAAAUUGCCGCAGCUGUUGCACUGUUUGCUUCGGUUGAACUCAAGAUUGUGGAAUUUGAAAAGGCUUUAUCAUGUUGUUUCCAUGUGGUUAAGGAAAGAGUCAUAAGAUGUUAUAAAGUGAUACAAGACUCAAUAGGAAUGAGGAAUGUGCCACAUGAACUUGCUAGCUCAUCGGCUACAACCAUACCACAAAGCCCAAUUGGAGUGUUGGAUGCUGCAUGCUUGAGCUACAAGAAUGAUGAUACAGCUGCCAGUUCAUUUGCAUCAUGUUGUCGUGAUUCUCCGGCUGUCAAGAGGAGGAAAGUAUUUCAUAAUAAACCCUAAACUGCAAUGUAGAAUUUUGCCUAAAAUUUUGAAGAAAAAGGCAAGGAGUAUGAAAUGCUAGGUAGCCAAGUACUCGUUCCUUGCGAUUGAAACAUGCACAACCAGUCGUUCGUUGGAAGAGCAAAACCAUGAAUCUGGAACCGAGGCAACUAGUUGAAGUGAUGCUGCAUACUGCUGCAGUUGAUCUUCUUUUAUUUCUUUUAGCUUGUAUCUGGCCCUUGAGGCUAAAAACAACUAGCUAAACAAAAAAAAAAAAAAAAAAGAGAAAAAAUAUAGUAAAAAAGGGAAAGUAACUUCUUCUGGAAGAUUUAAUUUAUGGACAUUGUUUCAAUGAUCAGUUGUGCAUCAUGUUUCUUCCA